AAUAGAAGAAACAGAGAAAAACAACAGAGCUUUAUCUUUGGGUUUUAUGUCUAGUAUAUUUUUGGCUCGCUCAAACAAACAGCAGAAGCAGCAGCGGUAGUACUAGUAGAUGGCGCUUCUUCUGAAACCCCGUAAUCUCAAUCUCCCUCUUCCUUGUCUUCUUCGACUGCUAAUGGCCUCUCGUUACUCUCCUUCUUCUCUUCACUGUCAGUCCUUUUCUUCUCUUUCCCGUCCUCUGGUUUCCUUCAAGCCCAGGGUGAGUUUUCAGUGGAGAGCGGUUACGAGUCGAGUUACAGUCCAAAAUGCAGGUUCAGCUAGGGCAUUCAUGUCAUCCAGCACAGCGACAGAGCCAUUUCAAGAAAGCGCUAGCUCGAAGGCUUAUGGUUCCGAUCAAAUUCAGGUGCUGAAAGGCUUAGAACCUGUUAGGAAAAGGCCAGGGAUGUACAUUGGAAGUACUGGACCUCGUGGUUUGCACCAUUUGGUUUAUGAAAUACUGGAUAAUGCAAUUGAUGAGGCACAAGCGGGAUAUGCUUCAAGAGUAGAUGUUAUUUUGCAUUCUGAUAAUUCUGUUAGCAUCAGUGACAAUGGGCGUGGGAUUCCAACUGACUUGCAUCCAGUGACAAAGAAAUCUGCCUUGGAGACUGUAUUAACGGUCUUACAUGCUGGUGGAAAAUUUGGUGGUUCUAACAGUGGUUAUAGUGUCUCUGGUGGAUUACAUGGUGUGGGUUUGUCUGUUGUUAAUGCCUUGUCUGAGGGACUAGAAGUUACUGUUUGGCGUGAUGGAAUGGAGUAUAGACAAAGAUAUUCUCGUGGCAAUCCUGUGACCAUACUUAUGUGUCAUUCACUCGCAGUUGAAUCCAGGGAUCGUCAAGGAACAUGUGUCAGAUUUUGGCCUGACAAAGAAGUAUUCACUACUGCAAUUGAGUUUGAUUACAACACUAUAGCUGGAAGAGUUAGGGAGCUUGCAUUUUUAAAUCCAAAGCUUACUAUCACUCUAAAAAAAGAAGAUAAUGAUCCAGAGAAGAACCAAUAUGAUGAAUAUUUCUAUGCCGGGGGGUUGAUUGAGUAUGUGAAGUGGCUAAAUACUGACAAGAAACCGCUUCAUGAUGUUGUGGGUUUUGGAAAAGAAAUAGAUGGGAUCACAAUUGAUAUGGCUCUUCAAUGGUGCUCCGAUGCAUACUCAGAUACAAUACUGGGCUAUGCAAAUAGCAUACGCACUAUUGAUGGUGGCACACAUAUAGAUGGUUUCAAGGCUUCGUUAACCAGAACUCUCAAUAGUCUUGGGAAGAAAUCAAAGAUCAUCAAGGAAAAGGAUAUUAAUCUAAGUGGUGAACAUGUAAGAGAGGGCUUAACGUGCAUCGUAUCAGUUAAAGUUCCAAGUCCAGAGUUUGAAGGACAAACAAAGACAAGGUUAGGAAAUCCGGAGGUGAGAAAAGUGGUGGACCAAUCUGUGCAAGAGUAUCUUACUGAAUAUCUGGAGUUGCAUCCAGAUGUUCUUGAUUCAAUCCUGUCAAAGUCUCUAAAUGCUCUUAAGGCAGCUUUGGCAGCAAAGAAGGCAAGGGAAUUGGUGAGACAAAAAAGUGUUUUAAGAACAUCAUCACUACCAGGGAAACUGGCUGAUUGCUCAUCUACAAAUCCUGAAGAAUCUGAAAUUUUUAUAGUUGAAGGAGAUUCAGCUGGCGGAAGUGCCAAACAAGGCCGUGAUAGGCGCUUUCAGGCUAUUCUCCCUUUGAGAGGUAAAAUUUUAAAUAUAGAAAGAAAAGAUGAGGCAGCAAUGUACAAGAACGAAGAAAUUCAAAAUCUUAUACUUGGCCUUGGACUUGGAGUAAAGGGAGAGGAUUUUAAAAAGGAGGCUCUACGUUAUCAUAAGAUCAUCAUUUUAACAGAUGCUGAUGUGGAUGGAGCUCACAUCCGAACUCUUCUACUUACUUUCUUCUUUAGAUAUCAGAAAGCCUUAUUUGAGGAAGGUUGCAUUUAUGUUGGUGUUCCCCCUCUUUACAAGGUGGAAAGAGGAAAGCAAGUAUACUAUUGCUAUGAUGAGGCAGAGCUCAAAAAACUUAGGAGCUCAUUCCCUCAAAAUGCAUCAUACAACAUACAAAGGUUCAAAGGCUUAGGAGAAAUGAUGCCUUUGCAACUAUGGGAAACAACAAUGGAUCCAGAACAAAGGCUGCUCAAACAGUUAGUGGUUGAGGAUGCAGCAGAGGCCAAUGUUGUCUUUUCUUCCCUUAUGGGCGCUCGGGUGGAUGUUCGGAAGGAACUCAUUCAGAGUUCUGCACGUGCGGUCAACAUUGAUCUGCUAGACAUCUGAUAGCACCAUUUGAAAAUUUUCAAGUCAUGCUGUAUACUGUAACACCAGAUCAACACUUGUUUAGAUAUUAGGUUGCUGCAUUGGUAAAGCAGAGGCUUUUGAAUUUUGCUCGAGUGAACAUCUAAUGACCUGAGCUGAUGGAUGCUUUGGUGAACGCAUCCAGUAUACCUCUCUUUGCAGUAAUCAAUGCAUAUGUUAUGGCUUAGGGGUGUAGAAAGGCGGAGCGAUUGAUUGGUGGUAGAUGUGUCGGAUAAAUUUGUAUAAAUCCUGUACUUCACAUAUACUUAUCUGUUCAAUUAAUACCAUUUUUGGAGCAA